AUGGCGCCUGUACAGGAACCUGGGGAGGCGGAGGCCACGUACAGCCCGGCUGGAGGCCGGAAGUGUUUCGAGUGUCAGGUGAUCGGGCUACCCCGGCCGUCCAUCCGCUGGUACAAAGAUGGUCUCAACAUCACACAAAACAAGAGGUACAAGGUGGCGUACACUGGUGAUGGUGUAGUGCUGCUCACCUUGGACAAAGUCACCCACCUGGACGAGGGAAAAUUCUCGUGUGUAGCAGAAAAUUCCGAGGGCAUGGCAGAGACCUCCGCGGUUCUCUUUGUGAAAGGGAAGGUAUCAACAGCCGAUAACGAUAUCACAUCUGUCCAUACUAUGACCUCCUUUCGGCGAGUUGAAAGUCCAGAACCGGACAUGACGUCACAAAGUCGAAGGCGUCCUCUUGUGGUAAAGACGACGGAAGAGAAUGACAAUGCUAAAGAAAUCAGCAACAAAGAAAUUAAACCUGACUCAGAAUCUAUAGACGGCAAGAUCAAAAUCGAGAAUAAAGAUGAAACUGAAGUUGGUCUAGCAGAAGAUGAUGCUAACCUGGAAACAUAUGAUGAAGAAUUAAUCAAAAUUGCAAAGUUUUCAGAAUCAAGAAGGCGAUUGACCACAGACAGUGGAAUCACAUCACGUGGGAGCUCCUUUUCAAGCGAGUCGGAUGUUAAUAUUACAGAAAAUGAAAUUCGAGAAAUCAGAGAAUAUCUUCACGGCAAGGCAGAUGCGAUUUACCAGCCGUAUGACCAACACAAAGUUAAAAAAAUCCCAACGUCUGAAGAAAAAACACAAACAAUGAAAGGCAAUAAGACCAAAACUGAACAGAUCUUGCCUUUGUCGAAAAGGCAACCUACUUAUUCUUUGCAAAGCACAGAACAGUUGAAAUGGGAAAAGGUUAAUGAUGUGGACGCAAGUGUUUUAGCUGGGAUGUACUUGUUCGAUACAGGCAAUGGUGAGAUAGUAAUGAAAAGCAGACAUGGACUACCUGAACUUGAAAUCUUGGUCAGAAAAGAAGCUGAUAUGGAUGAUUUGCUAAUAGAAAACGCUUUUCUUACUAAACGGAGCAUACUUAAUGUAAAAAAUGACGAAACUGGAUGUACUCAUGAUACACAGAUAAUUGAGUUUCAGAACAAAAAAGAAAAUGAUCAAGUGACAGAGCUCAUGGAUGCUGAAAAUAAAAACAGCGAAACUCUAAAUUUGGAUCGGAAAGCUGAUGACGAAAAGCUUAAAUAUAUGGAUAAAUCAAAAGAGCAAGGUUCAACUGGACGCAAAGUAAAUCAACAGUACGCUGACAAAGCAGCUGGUGACGAAUUGACGAAUGUACAAAAUGAAGCUGGUGAUCAGCAAUCGGCAAACUACCCGAAAGAAAACGAGGCAGAAAAAAAGUUAGACAUCAAAGAUUAUGCAGAACAUGAAAUCAAUUCUUCUUUGUGUUUAGACGAAUUCAAAAAUGGAGGUUCGGAAGAAGAUAUAUCGAGUACAAAGGACAUAACGGUUGCCUUAAAAGAAGUGGAUUCGGAUUUAAAUGUAGAAAUGCUAAAAUAUGAUAUAUCUAAAAUUAUUAGCAAAAAUGCACAAGAUACGGUGAACAACGACGAACCAAACUUGCAAAAAACAAAGGAUGACAAGGAAAUCAUGGUAGCCAGUGUAAGUGUUCCAAGCGGAAACAAUGUAGAUCAACCAUUCACGGAUAAAGCAGGUGAUGACGAAAUGAUGAACGUUUUAGAUGAUGCUGAUAAUGUUCUAUCUGCCAAAUACCCGAAAGACAACGAAGAAGGUAAUAAAUCAGUCAUUGAAGGUUUCGCACAAUAUGAAAUGAAUGUGUGUUUAGACGAAUUGAAAUAUGGAGGUUUGAAAGAAAAUGAAUCAAGUACAAAGGACAAAACGGUUGCCGUACAAGAAGUUGAGUCAUCUUUAAAUGUAGACUUGAGGACAGAUGAUAAUUCUAAAGUAAUAUCUUCAACUGAACCAGAUGCGGUGAACAACGACAAAUCAAACUCUUAUAUAGCAAAAGACAAGGAAAUUAUAAUAGCCAGGUCUAACCAUUGUGAUUUCGAUGCUGAAAUGAACAAUUUCGAUUUGAAAACAGCUGCAAAUGAUGAUAUUGUAGAUGGUGCGAAAAUAAACAACCAAUAUGAAACUGAUUUGGAAAGAUGUGAAUACUCUCAAAAAUCAAGAACAGAUGACUCAUAUGAAAAACGAGCACAAAAUGUGAACCAUAACAGCCAAAAUCAACUGGAAAAUGAAAAAGACAAGGCACAUGUUGAAUCACCGGUUGAUUUUGAAACUGAGGUAUGUAAACAAAGUGAAGAAACUCUUUACACCAAUGACACUUAUAGCUUCUCUUCUGAAGGAAUGAAUGGAUACGAGUUUGUGUUGCAUGAUAUUGAGGAAUUUACUGAUUCAGGCAAUUUAGAAGAAAGUAAACUUAAAAUUGAUGACCAAUGUCAGCAGGUAAACUCUGAUACGCACGAAAACGAGUCCGGAACAAAACUUCAAUCCGCUAGAAUAGAUACUAUUGAAACUUCUGCUGAGAAGCAUUUGAAUACUGCUCAUGACGAUACUGAUUUGGCUGUGCAGAACUUGUCUUUAAAUGAUCACAAAACGAAAAAGCCAACUGAUACCAAUGAAGACUUCGGCUUGCUUAGUUCGUCUGAAAUGAGUGCAACAGAUAAUGACAGUCAACUUAGUCUUCAGAAAUGCUCUUAUGAUAAAAAGCCAGAAACUAUCGUUCAAAACGACGCGGGUCUGCAAGAAAGUGGAAGCAACAUAACUACACCAUUGAAGUCUUCAGAAAAUGAUAUGCCUGUCAAUUUAGAGGAAGCCGAUGAGAACGUUGCAAAUAGAGUGUCACCUGUUACAAAAUAUGUUGAAAACGACGAUGUAUUUCCCGAUUGCGUUGUCAACGAUGAGGUCUCAUUUGGUGAUUCCAGGCAAUACAUAGAAAUAGAGCAAUUACAUACUGUUUCGAAAGACGAUAACUUAGCAAAUGAGAGAAAAAUCGGUACUGUGGAAGCACCAGAAUUUCUUUUCUUUAGUGAAAAUAUGUCAGUCGAAGACAAAGAAGGAAAUGUUGAAAUACUAGCAUCAGCUAGUGAACACAUCGAUCCCGGCAUGACGUUUUCGGGAUCGAAUAUCCAUGAUGGGUUAGUGUCGUUGGAAGACACGUAUGCUGAAAUUCCAAACAUAGUGAAUGUUAUGGAUUUCUUCAAAGAUCAGCAAGUAAGAAUCAAACAGGCCAGUAGAUCGGAUGAAUUAGAAAACGCAACCAAGAUAGUAAGGCCAUUGAAAGACACUAAUUAUGAUGGCACGAACUGCAGUACAAUUUCCAGUUACUCUGAAGAAGGCUUGGUGAGAGCAACAUGCGAAACAUCUUCAUCCAUGACCUGCAUCAAAACUUUAACUGAGUUACAAAGCCAUGAGCAAACUGAAAAGGAAAUAUCUGUCCUACAAGAAGUCCCUGAGGAUGAAAAUAGGCAUGAAACUGUUCCACAAUACGAUGAAUAUCAGUCAAAAGAAAAGCAGCGAGAAGUGAUUGGGCAUGACAAAACGAAUAUGGUAACUAACUUAGGUGAGGUCGAUGUUGACGAAAGUGCAAAUACAAAGAACAAUGACGUAGGACGUGAACCAAUAAUACAAGUAGAAGCGCUGUGUGAUGGUCAUUUAGAAGUUCAGGAGGGAAGCUGUCUUGUUUUAGAUUGGGAAAUUUCAGGGAUAACACAUACCUUGCUGAAGGUCUACAAAGACGGUAUAGAACUAUCACCAACAAAAGAUACAACAGUAAAGAUCAGUGAAAACAAGAUUUGGCUUGAAAAUCUUUCUUCUUCACGACAAGAUGAAGGAAUUUAUUUCAUCAAGGCAGAUACCUCUGAUGUAGAACUUGGACAUAUUGCCGUCAGAGUUGUUUCUUCAGCAGCAGGAACAAUAGCUAAAGAGGAGACCACAGAAGUACCAGCAUUCACCUUGGAGCCCCAGGUCACUAUGGUUGAAGGACAAAGAUUAUCCAUCAAAUGCUCAGUUUCAGGUUUCCCUGCCCCAGGAGUAACCUGGUAUCGCCACGGUGAACCACUAGACCAUGUUGCCCUAUGCAGUGUGUACAGUAAGGAUGGGUAUCACUAUCUGGCCAUAGAUGAUCCAAGCCUUCUGGACUGUGGCGAGAUUGUCUGUCACGUGGAGAAUGAUGUUGGGUUCAUACACAAGGUCCUGGCACUUAAAACACAAGAAAAUGAAACAUCAGAUGAUGUCAGGCCAACAGAUGCGGACAUUGAAGCUGACAUUAAAGCCCCUGUUUUGGAGCUUCAAAUAUCGGAAAUACUGACGGUCAACUUGCGCCGCUGUAAGACAACGUCCACAUAUACAGACCGUCUUAACUUCACCACACUGGACAUGAAUGAAGGGAUGGAGAUCCUUGCCUGCAACUUUCCAGGUCAGAAGAUGUUGGCUAGAAAUAUGCCAAAGAAAGAUAAGGUUUGCUUUGUCCCAGAAAAUAUACUGGAAUUCCUUGAUGAUGAUGUAGGGAGUGUGGGACAUCAGAAACAACAGAUCGCAACAACAGACGCAGACAAUAACUUGGAUAUAGACAACACUGGUGAGUCAGAAAGAACUAGUUAG